AAUCUAUCCUCACUCUCCAAAGAAGAAGAAACUCUCUCUCUUCAGAAUCUGAAAAGCCUGAGAAGAAUAGCCCCAAAAAAAAUCUUAAGAAGAUCAGAAUUUGAUAAUCUGAAAAGAAAUAAUACUACUAUUCAGUGAAUCUGUGGCAGCAAAUGACCAGAGCAAUUAGCCAGCUUUCGGGCAAGUUGAUGAAGGACAAGUGUGUUACCGGCGGCGAUACGACGAGUUUACGAUCCGCCGUCAAAGAAUCGGUCACGGUUAGUUCUGCGUCGCCGCAGAGUACAGUAGCAUCAUCUCCGUCGUCUUCUGUGCGGAGGCUCAAAGGCGAUCUAGAAUCGAGCCGAUUUGGUGCGGCGGCGAGCGAGAGGCUGAGGCAGGCGGAGGAAUCUCUGCGUACGGUUAUGUUUCUGAGCUGUUGGGGAUCUUGUUAGAUCUGGUGGAUUAGAAAGAAAAAAUAAAGAAAUCGAAAUCAAAACAUUUCUUUUUAAGUGUUUGUGUUUUGAUUUUUGAGUUGUCUUUGUUUUCUUUGCUUUUACGAUGUUCUCUGUGAAUAUUUUUCAUCUUUCUUGUUCUUUGUGUUUCUGUAAAUCAUGUAUGAAAAUAAAAGUUGUGAUGAAGAAAUUAGUUUGUCUUCAGUCUUCACCAAAUCAA